UUUAGAAACACCUUCAAACUUCCGGUUACAGAUAUGAAAAUGGGAAAAAUAUGUUAACGUUUGAUCAGAGUUCAUUUUAUAUGGAUGCUGUCAUUUACGAUGCCUGGUGGACGUCGGAUACUAUCCAGGAUACAGUCAUCUUCUUUUUCCAAUAAUACACACAAAACUGGGAACGGAAGUAGUAUUGAGGAAAGAGAUACCAACAUGAUCCCCUUAGCCUCUAUGGUGGUGCUGCCUAAACAUUCACAUCUACCAGAGAUCCCAGGAGACAGCAACAUCUCCUUUGAGGCCAUGCUGUACAUGUUUGGAGUGAUUGUCAUGGGACUACAGUACAUUAACCUGUACAAGACUGUCUGGUGGCUUCCCCAUAGCCAUGCAAAUUAUGCUCUUAACUUCUAUCUGAUUGACCCAUACCUGGUGCUGUUUUUGUGUGCCCUUAUGAGUAGGAGACUGGUUUGGUGUUUUGUUCAAGAGGUUUUUGGACCGAGGUCCAGUAAAAGUAUUUUAUUUUGGUUGGUGCAGUUAAUGAAGAUUCUCCUGAUAUUCGUUGUGACCGUUUUUCUGAUAUAUACAGCCUAUAAUGUCAUAGUGAAGCAUUCACUUUUCUACUGUCUUUUUCUUUGUUGUCCAAUUGUAACUUAUGUGUUGUUGUUUGGACCCUCCGUUAAACCCUUGUAUCAUAAGACCUUGGUAUGGCCAGUUCCUGUUCAGGACAAAACCAGCUCGGCCAAAUAUAAGGGGCGGGAAAUCAUGGAGGCAGAAGCAAUACUUACACAUAGCUGUGUUCUCACACCAGACAUCAUCAGAUCAGAGGUCGAUACCUUCAAAAAUGACUUCAAUGGUCGGAUUAAACAAGUUUUAUUUAACUCAUUAUUAACAGCCUACUACAUGACGUUUGUGCCCCUCUGUUUUGCCCAGCAUGUCCAAAACCAUUGUGACACCUGCUGGAAUACGCUAUACUAUGACACAUGGUGGGUAGGACAACAUGUGUGUAUGACAUGGCUCAGUGUCUUCCUCAUGCUGAUAGUACACUUCCUUCCCCCCAAAUACCUGGACCUCCUUCAUAAAUCUGCUCUACACCUAGGACGCUGGCAGAAAGUCGAAGGCAGACAUGCACAUGUUCCUUACAAUGCGUGGUCAGAGCUGACAGUUUGGCCACAAGGAGCUCUUGUGAAACAUGUGCGUGGUUUAUUCAAGGCUGAAGGAAUAAAUGUAACUGCAGAACCAGGAAACACAAUGCAUGGUAGAUUUUAUUUUUUAUUCCACCAGCCAAUGCGUGUGGUGAACUGGUUACUGGUGCUUACCUGGCUUCUGGUCGGAUACCAGUUCUUCUGUCUCAUACAGAGUACGGAGUGGAACCACAUAGUCUCCAUAGCUCUUGUUCUCUUUUGUAAUUAUUACACCUUAUUCAAGCUUCUGCGGGACAGAAUCAUACUCUCUAAAACAUAUCGCGAGGAGAAUAGUUCGGAACAGUUUUAACAUUUAUCAUGUUUAUUUAUGUCUAUGGACAAUGGUUAUGUUAUGGAUCCUUCACCACACAUGGAUCUACAUCGUCUGGCUGAAGAAUAUGCAAGUCCAGCCGACUGGAUCUUAGUGCUAAUCAUCAAUCAUCCAUACAAAAAUGAAAUGUUGAUUUUAACUGUCCAUAUUUGUAUUUUUUUUUUAAAGUGAAGUCCAUGUAUUUUCAUUUCAAACAACUGUUUGAAAUAAGACGUUUUAUUUACGAAACCAAAAGGUACAGCACACUUAAGAUCAACAUCUAAAGGGUUUUCUUUCAGAAAAUAAAUGUACCUACCAAGAAAUCCAUGAUUGUAUUUUGAUACCCUGUAAUUACACAAAUGUAAAAUUAUUAGGCUCAAUAUUUCAAAGUGAUCAGACAAUGAAGAUAAUUUAUCCCUGACAUAACACAAGGCUUUUAAGGACAAGGUGCACGUGACGCCUCGUGAGAGAUUUAGGCUGGAACUAAACUUUUGAUAAAAAACAUUAUUUACUCAGACCAGAACGUCUGUAAUCAUUGUGUUGUGGUGAAAUAAGAAACUAUUCAAACAUUUCCCCAAAUAUUCAAUUGAUCAAAAUCGUCAAAUUAUUAUUUCUCAUGAAUAUUGCCAAACAGACAUAAAUCAACUAGUUUCAUUCUACUUCAAUAUGAAAUAGCUUUCUAGUGUUAUAUAUAGCUGUAUUGCUGCAUGUCCAGUUUACCAAAAACACUUUGCAGAAAUAAUAUACAUAACGCAUGUAUACCAGGUAGUUAUUACAUGUGAACAGUUAACUAUAAAUGAUUUUCCUUUUGUUCUUUAUAUAUAUUGUUCUCCAAACAAUUCCAAAAUAUUUGAGCGGCUGGUGUCGCGCAUCGGGGAAAGUUCGUAGUCUACCAGUGGCUGUUUGCAACUUUUUGAACAUGGCACCCAGUUUGUGAAUAAGAUAUUUCUUGACGAUGCUAGGACAAGUACAAAUUUUAUUAUCUUUUUAUUUUAUUUCAAAUGGAGAUGCAGGGUCAGCAGCCCGGUGCCUCAUGAAGGUUUUAUAUUUAGCAUCAUUUUUCAAUUUUUUGUCAUCGGUAAACUAAAGGCGAUCUCCCAAACAUUUGUGCCAGAUGACUUACCUUAAGGUGUUCAAUUUAUCAAAGAUAAUUUGGGAUUAUAUAGGACUUGGACAGUUUUUCUUUGGUCAUUUUCAUCUCGUCACUGCUUGACAAACCCAUGCUAAGUAUUACAGUAUAUACAUGUAUAGGGAAACAGUUGGGCUUAAAUGUAGUUACUGAAUUAAAUGGUAGUGAAGGGACCAUUGGAUGGGCUGAUCAUGUGUUCAAUUUAUGCUGUGCAGUAUUGACAAGUUAACUCAUUCACCCCUGAAGACACAUUUGAAUUCUUUCAAUUCAAAGGUUGGAAUAGUUCAUUAUGAAAUUUCAGGGGUGAAAAUGUUAUGGUAAUGUAUCAGAUAGUUGGAAUUGUGCUUGUGUGAUGUGAAAAGCACACAUUUUAUAAAGGGACGUGUAUGACUGAUUCAUUUUUAUCCAAUUAUUUCUAAGAGAAAUGAAUUUAAAAUGGGAAGAACUUUUAUGAUCAUAAGAAAACACCUUCACCUGGUACAAUAUUACUGUUUGACAAACAAGGUAUAUGAAUUAAUAUAAACAUUAAGAACAACAGGACAUGGAUACAUUAAGUUGAUUCUUUACAUUAACAUAAAUAUAAUUGUUUUUGUUGGGUCUAUUUACUCGCGUUAUACACGGUUAUACGUGCUGAGCAUGCCAGUAAGACAAAAGUCUAUAUUUUAUGUUGUAAUAAAGCCAUUUU